ACCUGGGACGUCACCGGAGGCGGAAACUGGUCGGGGGAAGCACCGGAGAGCAGCCACUGCCAGCUGAAGAAACCGUGCAGAAGUCCAAGGAGAUUUUAGCAUCACUUUGUGUUUGCAUUGUGAGACGGAUUAGGGUUUGACGUAAUAUUAAUGUCCUUUUGUGGAACUCAAAGCAGCGGGCGGCGCAGCAAGUGGGACCAGCCCGACGCUGGGACUGGAGGCUCCGGUGGGAUGAGGGAGGCUGAGACUGCGCCAUGCGGGGCUCUGGAUGCUGCAGCGGCCGUGGCUGCCAAGAUCAACGCUAUGCUGGUGGCCAAAGGGAAACUCAAACCGUCACAAAUCACCUCCCCGCUACCAACUGACAAGGUCAGGAAAACUGGGGGUGCUGGAAAGACUCCUGCUCCCACAAAAGCCAAAGAUGACCUGGUCGUCGCUGAAGUUGAGAUCAAUGACGUCCCUUUAUCCUGUCGAAACCUCCUUACACGCGGACAGACGCAGGACGAGAUCAGUAAAGUGAGUGGAGCUGCAGUUUCAACCAGAGGGCGGUACAUGACAGCGGAGGAGAAGAAUAAAGCAUUGCCAGGGGAUCGACCCUUGUAUCUGCAUGUUCAAGGACAGACGAGAGAGCUUGUCGACAGAGCAGUUAAUAGAAUCAAGGAAAUCAUCACUAAUGGCGUUGUAAAAGCUGCAACAGCUUCAUCAGCCGCUUCAUCUUUCUCCCCCAGUGGAGCCUCAGUAACUGUCUACCAACAACACAACCCACCUGCACCCACGCUGGUACCAGUGACAAACCACAAACCUCACUUUCAGUCAGGGAUGCAUUAUGUUCAGGACAAGAUCUUUGUGGGCUUGGAGCACACCGUCCCCGGGUUUGUGGUUAAAGAGCGAGUCGAGGGACCCGCCUGUUCCUAUCUGCAGCACAUUCAGGCUGAGACUGGGGCCAAAGUCUUCCUCCGAGGAAAAGGAUCAGGCUGUUUGGAGCCUGCGUCUGGACGAGAGGCUUUUGAACCCAUGUACAUUUACAUUAGUCAUCCUAAACCAGAAGGACUAACAGCAGCAAAAACCCUGUGUGAGAAUCUCCUUCAGACGGUCCAUGCAGAGUAUUCCCACUACCUUAGCCAAAUGAGCACGAUGAUGCCAACGCAACAAGGUACUCAAGCUUUAUUGCUCUCUCAAGCUCUGGGCAGUUUUUCCCAGCCUCCAAUAGUGAACGGGAUCCCCCCUCAGCCAGCUUACUACCCUCCAGCUGGAUUCCAUCCAAGCUACAGCAUACCUGUCCCACCCCCCCAGCCCCAACCUGUUUCACCUGCUUAUACUGUACCGCCUCCUGUAACCACAGUCAUGCCUGCAGGUGUGCCUUCUCAGUACCCCAUACGGCCGUCUCCCACCCCUCUUCCAGGUCCAGUUCCUGUUGCUGUUUCUAUGCCCGCUCCUAUUCUGGCUCCAAUUCCCACUUCAGCUCCAGAUGCUCUUCACCAGAAUCUUCCUCCUCUCCAUUUUGCUCUGCCGGCUGCAGCUCCUCCCAAACUUCUGCCUCAGGCCGGCCUGCUCAACCCGCCUCAGAGGAGACGCUUCACAGAGGAGGUACCAGACGAGAGGGACAGCGGCCUGCUUGGGUACCAGCAUGGACCCAUUCAUAUGACUAAUUUAGGUGCAGGCUUCUCAGUGGGCAGCACAGAGACUUCAGGACCCGCACAGCAGAGUUCCUCUGGCCUGGCGAGUGAGAGGGACAGUAGGCAUCUAAUGCCUCCACCAACAUCCCUGCGUGUGAAUGGAGUGAGACACCAGCUGGAGGAUAGGAGAAUACAGCAAGCCUUUGUGGAGCCUGCAGUGAAAAGACUAAGAACUGGUUUGGUAGCGUAUGCCGGCGACUCCUCUGAUGAGGAGGAAGACCAUCCUUCCUCCAAAGCCUCAUGGCUAGGUAACCAUCCACCCACCUCUUCUGCUUCAACCUGGGCGCAGGGCUUUCGCUGCCCUCCGCCGCUGCCAACCCGUGCCAAAAUGCAACCACAGCAGCAGUCCAUUCCCUUCUGGAUGGCACCAUGAAACUGAAAUGUCUCACAGUGCUUUCUUCAAUCUUACAGGACCUCAUUUUUUUCACCACUAAUCUCCUCUAGGAUCACAUGGAGGACAGCUUCUUUACAGCUGUGUCUCUGUUGGAACAAUUACUUCAGCUCUUGGAUCCAACUGGACAUACUAAUAUUUUGUAUAAAUUAUAGGUUGAAGAUGAACAUUUGCACGACUUGCUUUCUUUUGUGAAUCUAUAGUCAGAUGAGUGACGGUCUGCCUUGCAUUUUACUUUAAAUCCAAUCAGAACACCAAAAGAUUAAAUAACAACGGUCUAAGGCUCUAAAAAUAUCAGUUUGAUGUUAUACAUCAAUGACCAUUUUAUUUUAGAGUAGUUUUUUCCUGUUGUUUGGCCCUUUUCCUGUCUGCCCCCGGUUGUUUGUCAGUUUUCUUUCCUAAUUACUCUUUUGUACAGGUCAUGCAGGAGUUACAUGUGGUAAACCUACUAAAUUUCAUCAUUUUAUGAAAUAAACCUAAUUUAUUGGGGUGA